AGAAAUUUCAGAUACUAUCUGGAACUAAUAGGGAGGGGGAAAAAGAUGGAAAAUCUUGAUAGCUACCCAAAUCACUGUUGAGGCCGAGUUCCGCUAGGGUUUUAUAUGCUCGAAAGCUGCACUUUUGAUCUGAUAUGAGACCAGAGAGACCAGAGCUAGUGGUGGCCUGAGUAAUCGCUUGUUUCUGGCGAAGGAGGGGGGAGGAUUAAAACGAAGAAGAUAUGAAGAUGGUGGUUGGGAGCCCGGGCACCGUUGGCGGAUUGCUUCUCAGGAUGGGACAGUGCCUCUUUUCUAGCGCUUCUAUUGCUGUAAUGGUGUCUGCGUCAGGCUUUUCCAGCUACACCGCCUUCUGCUACUUGAUUGCUUCCAUGGGACUACAAGCAUUGUGGAGCCUUGGUCUUGGCUGUCUGGAUAUUUAUGCUUUAAGGAUGAAAAGGGAUCUUCACAACCCUGUUUUAGUUAGCUUGUUCGUGGUGGGGGACUGGGUAACUGCAACCUUAUCACUGGCAGCUGCAUGUUCUUCUGCAGGAGUAACGGUACUUUUUGUAAAUGAUCUACAAUUCUGCCGCUUAUAUCCUCAGCUUCCCUGCAACAAAUACGAGAUUUCCAUAGCUUUUUCCUUCAUAAAUUGGCUGUUAAUCGCCUUGUCUUCCCUCAUCAUGUUCUGCUUGCUGGCCUCAGCCUGACUUCUUACCAUUUGUUUAUUUGUAUUGUAAUUUUUUUUUUUUUACAUUGAUGAGAACUACGUUUCAAUGUUUUGAGUGCGCUUGUAACUUUAUACCACUUCUAUCAUUUAAUCAAAACUACAGGUGUCAUUAUGAAAUUGCAAAA